AUGAUAUUACAAAGAUUUUCAUAUAAAAGAGAAAAGAUUGGUGUUCCUAUUUCUACUACUAAAAAAUCACAGCUUUAUACUGAAGUUAUCAAAUCAUUUAGGGUUACUUUAGUGUCUACCUCUCAUACACUUUCUGAAUGA